AAAAAUGUCAUUCAAUUCAAGUCUGAUUUUGGAUUUGGAAGGGAGAAAACCGAAGUCGCCAAGAAAUUAAUCUGAAAUAAUUAUAGAAAUCCUUUUAGUUAUUAGUUUUCAAAAACAAAUUUUUAAAUUUUAGUAGUAUUUUUCGACAAAUUGCAGUAUUAUUUUUAAUUUUUGCUUAGUUUGUGUAAAGUAGGUGCAGAAGUAAUUGUACAAAAUCGCCAAAGGACGUUUGUUGGGCGUAAAAAGAAAAUGGCGUGUGCUACUCUUAAAAGAAAUUUUGACUGGGAUACGCAACUGCCGGCGAAAAGACGAAGAUGUUCUCCGCUUGCGGCGAGCUCGAGUACAAGCCCUGGACUUAAAAUGUCCGAAAGUAAAAGUUCAAUAUUCGGUGAGGCCGUUAGUGCACCUGCAAAAUUGACCCCAGAGCGCAUGGCCCAAGAGAUAUGCGAUGCGAUCACGCGACUGCACCGGCGCCGGCAGCUGCGGCUGGCGAAGGGCGCGGCGGCGUCGUGCUCGUCGUCCAGCGGCAGCGAGGGCGAUUCCUCGCCGCCGCAUCGCUCCGCGCAACGGAAAGUGAACCGCCGCGCGCUCUUCACCUUCAAACAGGUGAGUAUGAUCUGUGAGCGCAUGCUGAACGACCAGGAAGCAGCUCUGAGGGCCGAGUACGAGACAGUCUUGAGCAGCAAGCUCGCCGAGCAAUACGAUGCCUUUGUCCGCUUCAACAUUGACCAGGUUCAGCGCCGCCCCCCGCCAACCACUUGCAUGCCGUUGGGCAUGGAUGCAGAGCACCACAUGCACCAGGAUCUUGUGCCCAGCUAUCUUUCCUAAUAACAGCGAAGCUGAUUUGCAGUGUAGCAUUGCAAACAACAAUAUCAAGACAAACAUAUUUUGGUAUAUGUGAAAAUUAUAUGCGGGAAUAGUAUAGAUUACCUUAACGAAUGAAUAUGUAACAUUGUAACUGUGGAAUUUAACUUCUGUCAAUAUCUUACAGGAUGGAAAUGGUUAUACACCGUGCUAGUUUCACCAUCUGUAAGCUGUCUAUUAGUCCAAUACAAGAAACCCCUCAACAAUAUUAAAAAUGACCUCAAGCUAAUUCACAUGCUUAUGAAAAAAAAAUCUUUAAAUUUAUGAAAAAAAAAUUAAACAUCCUGUUUAAUUCUGUUUCGUAAGUAUGAAGUUAUUGAACUUUAGGCUAAAGUGAAUGACCUCAAAGGGACCGACGAGCCGCUUAGCCGCAUAGCGGCACCGCGGCGAAUAGGUAGAUGUUUGAAAAUACAGGAUGUUUUAAAACAAUCUAUUUUUGAAAGUUUAUUACAAUCAUAACUCCUUGAACUGUGCUUUCUUAGUUUCUUGUUUUUUAGUACUAAAAAUCUUUAAUAGAUUUUUUUAAAGUUCCUUCACCUUUAAAAAAAUGUAUUAAAGAUAUGUAGUGAUAAAAAACAAGAUCAGUUUUUAUUAUUUUUUUAUGCACAACUUUAAUUUCAAACAGAUUUAGUGUAAUGUGUUUUUUUACAACUUCAACUGGAAAAAAAAACACUAUUUUGUUAACUAUAGUAAUAUUAUAAAAAAGGUAAACUUUGGUAAUUACAACUUGAUAUCUAAUAUUUGACAGACAGACGCUUUCCCACCCUGUAUGUUCCUCAUACAUCAGAUAUAGUAUUAUGAAUUGAAUGUUGUGUAUUUGCUAACAGUAGUUACUUUGUGGCAAUGGAUAGCAUUUACUAUUUGAUUGCUGUAUAGCACAGUUCUAUACAGUAAUUAAUACCCUGUUUUAGUUUUUACAUAGAAAUGAAGCAGAUUGUACUUCAACUAUUUAUUUAACCAUAGGCAAUUUGUUGUAAAGAUGCAGUUUCAAAGUGAUAUUCUACAUACUGUAGUAAGUUAAACAAAGAGACUACUCACUUAGAGAGAUGAGUUCACAAGUGCUUGUACAUUGCUCGAAUAUUGUAUUCAUUUCCGACACAAUCUUUGCAACUAAUUGGAGGGCAAAGAAAGUAUUUGUCAUAAUUUAACUUGACGUCAGAUCUGCUUGUCCCGAAGAACUUUAAAAAUUGUGUCGCCAGUUAUAAAUAAUUUACAUAAUAUACUUGUACACAAUUAUGCCACAAAGUUACAUAAAAUCAUAUCGACGGCAGAUAACGAAAGUGUUCACCAGAGCCAAAAAAGGUUUUCAAUUCAUUUAAAAAAAAAAAUCAUAACUUGCAUGUUUGUUAACUUAUACUCACGAUUUGUGGAUAUAAGACUUGUUAUUUUUUUUUCUAAAUAUCAGUCUAACGCUGAAUUCUCAUUCUAACUAUUAUUUGCCAAAAUUUUGUUGACUUCAUUUUGAACUAUUUUUACAGAAUGUUAAAAUAAUUGCACUAUAGUUGUAUGGAGCUAGUUCAAAGGCAUCAAGGAAAACAAAAACGUUGUAAGCAUCAAUACUUAAACCAGGGCUGUCCAACUUUAUGUUGUAAAUUAAUGAGAUUUAUCUUUUUUUUUGUAACUUACGAGUAUUAACUUUUUGAAUGCAAGCAUUUAAGUUAAAACCUAUUUUUUUUUAAUGUUAACUUUAUAACCAUUCAUCGUAUAACAUGACCCAGACCAUUUGAAGCAGAUUUCUUUUUUUAUUUGAACAGUGCAAUAAUUUUUUUUUUAUUCAUAGUUUGUGGAUUAGUACAAUUUCGCUUUCUGCCGUCGAUAUUAUUGUCUCAAUAAUAUGACAUUGACACAGUUAAGUUCCACGGUGAUGUUCAUGCCACAUAAAUGUAAAAUUAGCUUAUAAUGCUUAGUUAAGAUUUGCUGCAUAAUUGUGUUCAUAGACUGAGAGGGUACAGAGUUUGCGUUGUAUACGGAAGUGGAAGUGAGGCUGCGGUUUGUUGGGCUAUUAAGGAUAUUGUGACCACAGAUUGUAAUGGUCUAUGUCCGGCAUUAGAAAUAUAUACUCUCAUAUUCAUUCAUCAUCAUCAUCAUAUCAGCCGAUAGACGUCCACUGCAUGACGUAUGACGGCCACCGUGGCGCAGUGGUAUGUGCGGUGGAUUUACAAAACGGAGGUCCUGGGUUCGAUCCCCGGCUGGGCCGAUUGAGGUUCUUAAUUGGUCUAAGUCUAGCUGAUGGGAUGCAAUUUAACUAGGCUUACUUUCUUAUCUCAAUUGAAUGGCAGAUGAGGGUAUAUAUUUCUUCUGCCGGAUCUCAUACUGUAACAGACAUAGAUGAGGCUACAACACUGUUUCAUUGUAUCAAACUAGGGGCCAUCCAAUGACUUUGUCACUGUGUUAUUUUUCACCUGAAUGAUACUUUCUACAUUCGGAAGACGGUUUGUUUGCCUUUUUAGUAAGCUGACAACAAAACAAAUCUCUUAGCAGUCCAUGGACUCACCUUAAAGUGGUUGGGUUCUUGGAAGAGAGAAAAACUCGAGCAGUACCCUGAACUUUUCUCAUAUCUUUGUGUAAUGUAGAGCCAUAGACAAUUUGCCACUUCAAUUCAAUUCUUCUAUUUGGCUUUCAUUUGUGCCAACAAGCACGGUUUAUUUUGCCAGUGUCAAGUAGAUGGAGAAGGCACAAGGAGAUUGUUCGGUGAAGACUAAACAAGUUUGCCAGUUGAUGUAUUAGUACAGUGUGCAAACAAGCCUUUGACAGGUAUGUUGGAGUGUCAAACUAAAGAUCAUCAACAAAAUAAUGCAAUAUUUAAAUAUCAUUUAGCAUCUAUAGCAAUCCAUCCAUAAAUGGUUUCUAAGCAAAGUUUUUCUGGUGUUGACACUCAUUUAUGUUACUCACUCAAAACUCCUGUCGAAUUCACAUAUAGUACCACAAACUUGUCAGGCCCAGUGAAUGUGAUGAUAUGCACUAUAAUUACUACUACAUUCAAAAGCGAACCAUCUUCUAGAAAUAGAAAAACUAAAGUCCGGUUGCUCUGAGAUUGGGAUUGAUUUUGCGAUGAUUGAUUCUGACAGGUCAUGGGUGGUCCCUAAACAACCGGUUUGUUAACGGAUAAGAAGAACCUUUACUAACCGAUUUAAGUUUUAGAAAGUGGCAGAAACUAUAGAUAGACGACUUAGUAAUAUCUAAAUAACACAUAAUAAAUUCACACAGAGUGCCUGUUAAAAAUCAUUCUCAUGCGUUGAUUGCAAAUUAGUUAGCCAUAAUUUUGAUUUGUUUUCUUUAAUUUAAUUUUUUUAGUGUUAUUGUCAAAAUAAAGUAAACUAGUGUAUAAUGAAACUUUUUUUUUGUCUUUUUUUGUCAAGUUUGUACUGUUUCUGUACAAAACAGAUUUUCUAAGAAGCCUUGCGUAUCAGAUACCACUCAUUAAUCUAUCUUUUACUCUUUAUCAUGUAAUCUUAAAGUAUGAAUUUAAAUAUUCUAUUAUACCGGACUAUUCCGGAAUAUUCUCAUAAAUAAACUCAUAAUGCUGAUACAGACAUGGCUUUUUUUUAUUAGGUUAAUGUUAAUUAGCUUUAUUAAACUUUUAAGUUAUUUUUCUUUUUCCUCAGCAAUGUAAUACAUAUUUGUAUCGACAAAUGCAUGUCUGAGUUAAUUUUUACGUAUAUUUGGGCUUGUUUAUACUUUGAUUUAGUUAAAAAGUUUUUAUUGAAUACAAACGGAAUUAAUUUGUUACCAAGCAAUUAUAUUCAAUAAAAAUUAGGAUAGGUCUUUUUUAAAUUGUAUUAGCAGCUCAUAAUUACUAUAUAGGUUAUUGGCGUUUAAGAACUGAAAUAAAAAUUAGUUAAACACCAUUAUAA